AUGGACAAAGAAAAUUUUGUUCAGACUUUUAUAAGACUUGUGCCGGCCCUUACCCACCAAAUCAUAACCAUGCAACGCGCACCACCACUGAAUUUGACCUUCAAGAUUCAGCUGUUGUCCGGCCAAAAUGUUAUCCUGGUGGAGUGUUCUGGCUACGAGAGCGAGCUGUUCUUGCCGCAAAUCGUCGGGGAGCGAAUCACAAUGCAGAACAUUAUGCAAAAUCGAAGGUGCUGUGCAGAGAGCAUGAUGUUGCGGGAUCCCCCUAUGGACAUGGGCAUGGGCUCCGGAACCAUGAUUGCGAAGAGUCCGCCACGGCGCUUUGCCGCUGCCAAUCCCCCAACCCCACUGGCUAAGAGCACACCGACGAAUUCAUCUUCUUUGAGAGCUCGUGCUGGUAAGGAAAACGCUGUUCCGCAGCUAACGCCAGAGGGAUUGCGAUGCCGACCCUUUCAUCUAUCUGCACCGGGGGAAAUGUACGUAGACGAAUUGUGCUGCGAGGAGCAGACACCUGAGAGACGGUCAUCCUCCAAGUCUAUAAGUUCAGCUAACACAAAUAAUUGUUUUUUUGAGAAUGAGAUAUCACAGCCAGAGAUUUCAAGCAAGAACGUCACCAAUGUCUAUGCCAACGAUUUGGGACGUAACAACAUUACGCCCUUAAGCAUCUCUGAGACUGGUAUCUCACCGCCAGUCUUGCCAAAAGAGAACCUAACCGAGCAGAACCAUCAAGCGAUGGAACUUGCCAUCAACAAGACUAAGCCCAAAUUGACCGCCGUACGGACAUAUACUCGUAAACGAGCGGACACCGCCAGCAAAGCAAAGCCCACACCCGUGUGGUCUCCUCUUCAAAAGAAGAAAAAGAACUCGUCGGUAUCAUCCACCAAGGUGCCGUCUCCCACCAUGAAGGUGGAAGUGCGUAAGCGCAAACUGAUAGUUGACACCAAGAAGACGCUAGCUGUCCAUGAUCCUAGGAAAUUGUCUUCGGGGUCCAUCACAAUGAAGAAAAUCAUAAUGAAGCAAGUGACGGGAAAGACACGAAAGCAAUUUGAAGCCCUAAAAGUCACAGCCUUUGACUUAUUAACCAAUUUGUGUGUGAGCAACAUUUCCGAGGAUCUAAACAAGCAAUUCCACAAAGCCUGUGCGAACAGGGUUUGCACUACCUUGCCCAACUACGCAGAGAUCGCAGUUGUCCCGCCGCUGGAAAUGGAUCGUGAGGUGAUUGCGCUGAUGGCCAGGCAGAAGCGGAUGGAAAGGGAGACCCAGAGGCGAUGGAGCGCAGUGCCACCGGAAUGCAAUCCAGCUUAAAGGGCCUGAGGCCUGUUUGUUAGGCUGAUCUCGAUGUAUUUGUUCUGUCAUCCAGUCAGUAGUCCAAAUGCAUAUAUGCUCUUGUUAUUUAGAUUAAACAUAGAAUAAAAUCAUGCUUUGAUCUCCA